CAAAAUUAUCAAAACAAAUCAUUUAUUACUUAAGAAAGGGACCGAAUUGGUCCUUUUUUGUGUAUAUACUUACUUUCCCAUCGAAUUGGUCCAAACUACAAGUGUUGCCGUGCGAAGAAUGAGAAAGUUAUAAAAUUCCGGGUCAGAGAUUAUGUUUAGCAAUUUUCAACAUGGCCGUCUCCUAAAAGAAGUGCAAGAUGUAGGGAAGAAUGGUGGAAGGGGAGGACAAGUUGCGACCAACCAUGUCGGCCUUGGCCAUACUUUCUUGUCGACCAAAUUCGCACCCAUUCCAGGAAAGGCACAUAUCUCUGCAUGAAGCCAUCAAGAUAGGCCGAUCAGUGGCCCGGGCUCGACCUGCUGCCAAUAAUGGAAUAUUUGAUUGUAAAGUACUUUCCAGACACCACGCAUUGCUCUUUUAUGAAAAUGGAAAGUUCUACUUGCAAGACACGAAGAGCAGCAAUGGCACCUUCAUCAACAACCAGAGGCUAUGUAAGGGAGGGGAGGAGUCGCCCCCCAGGGAAAUAUUCUCCGGAGAUCUCAUACAGUUCGGGGUCGAGGUCAUGGAAAACAACCGGAGAGGAGAGAAAAUCACCCACGGUUGUAUUGUGGCCACCAUUGUACUCUACCAUCCAGACGGGAGGGAGGCCACGCCAGCUCCGUUCCUGAACGCCCCCUGUCCACCAGGCAUCACCAUCCAGUCCCAGGACCUCUAUCAGCUGGCACAGUACUUGCAGGAAGCCCUGCAUAGAGAAAAAAUGUUGGAGCAAAAACUGUCAACCCUCCAACAACUUGUUGCCAGUACGCAGGAUUCUUCAGAGAGCGGUUGGCAGGCUCUCAUAGAUGAAGAUAAACUUUUAUCCAGGUUAGAAGUUCUGGAAACCCAGCUUCAUACAUACUCAAAAAAUCACUCAGAGGACACCCUCAGGCAAGAGCUGGAUGCUCUGCAGGAGGAGAAACUCAAUUAUGAAACUACUGCUAAGGAAUCAUUGAGACGGGUUUUACAAGAAAAAUUGGAGGCUGUGACAAAGUUGUCAGACUUGGAGCGGUCUCUGAGCAACACUGAGUCAGAAUGUGGCCAUCUGAAGGACAUGUGUGAGAAGUCCCAAGAUGAGCUGAAGCAGCUCGCGGAGAAGUAUCAGGACCAGCUCAAGGAAGUCCAGGAGCUGCAGGACAAACUCAAGGAUGCUGAAGAGAAGCACAAAGAGGAGUGUGAACGGUCAGAGCAGGAGAAGCAGGAACUGACGGCCAAGAUCGAGGAGAUGAUGACGCAGGAGAGUAUCCUGUCUGCCAAGGUGGAAUCCCUACAGGCUGAUAAUGACUUUGCUAAGGAACAGUUGGCUGCCAUGAAAGCCAAAUUUGAAUCAAUCAAAGAAAUCAACGAAGAUGAUCAUGAAAAGAUUGUUGCAGAGUUAGACUCUAUAGGUUCUCCACAAGCCGAUAUUAUCCCGCUAAGUCCCAAGGAUGACAGUGGCCCUGAAAAUCUGCCGGAGAAACUACGGGAAACUCAGCAACAGCUGGAGAAAUAUAAAGCUCAACUUGAAGAAAACGAUGUGAAGUUAAAAGAAAGCAGUGAUAAGGUUGAACAGUUAGCAAAGGAACUGGAGAUGGCCAAGUUGGAUUCAAAGCAAUACCUGGCUAAGAUGGCCUCCCUUGAAGAAAAACUAAAGCUGUCUGAUACACAUAUGAACCAAAUGAUGGAAAAUGCCUUGGCAGAUUUGAAACUGCAACUUAAAGAAUCUCGACAACAGUGUGAUAGUAGCAACAGUCUGAUCCAGUCGCUUGAGGCUCAAAUUGAGCAGCUAGAAUCUGAACUAACCGUGUACAAGCUUCCCCUGUCAGAGAAGGCCGAGACUACGUUGUUAGCUCAUGCUGACAAUGUUGACGAUGACGAUGACACCACCAUCAACGGUGUACACAACCACCUCUCCUCCUCAUCAUCUCUAUCAUCGAGUGUGAGUGACCUCUCCGACGACGAUGACUGGAAAGCUCUGUUGGAGGAAGCUCGGGAGGCACAAAGACGGGCUGAGCUGGAACUCAGGAAAACACGAGAUGAGCUUGAGCUGAGCAAGGCAAGGGUGAAGAAAAACAGUGAUGAGACGCUAGCAGUGAAGGGCCAGUUGUUGGAGGCGCAGAGACAGGCAAAGGACAGCCAAGACACAGUGACAGACCUUCAGGACCAAUUACGAAAAGCCGAAACUGCAACUAAAGACGUCAAACAGCAAAUAUUAGAUUUAAGGGAUCGCCUGUUGGACGAGCAAGAACUCACUCGAUCAAAUCAUGUGGAGGCUGAUAAUCUGAAGCAAAAUCUUGAAAGUGAGAGAGGUAGCCAUAAGGAGACUAAGACAGGUCUUCACAGUACAAAAAGGCAGCUACAGGAAGCUCAACAAAAUGCCAAACAAAGUCACAACGAGGCCGAACAACUCCGAAACAAGCUUAAGCACCUCCAGGAGGAGUUAGAGACGGAGAAAAAAGACAAACGAGAUUCUCACGGAUCCAAAAAUACCCGCAGCGAUUCAUUUUCCAGUCGUCAAUCUGCUCGCACCAGAGCAGAAUUCAUGGCGUUGAAGGAAGAAUGUGCCAACCUGAGGAAAAGGAUACAAGCAAUAGAGGCUGAGAUGAAAAUGUCUCGGCGAGAAAACCUCCAACUCUCCUCCGAGUACAAUAAACUUCAAGAAUCCUACAAGAACCUGGAAGCACUGAAAGAGAAAUUGGAGUCAAGUGAGUCUGCCUACCGACUCAACUUGACGGAUGCACAGAAAGAUGCAGAGCAGAGCAAACAGGAGGUGAGGCCUGGCGUGACGACGGCGGCGGCGGCGGUGGCGGUGACAGCAAGCAGCACCGCCACUACAUGCACACCUCACGUAAAUGGGACACAGAGUGUUAAAUGUAUGGAUGAUUUGCACCAGUUGAGGACCAAGUGUGAUGAGUACGUGGCUGAGAUUGACCACCUCAAGAAAGAAAUGGAUGGCGUGCUAGAUGACUAUCGACAACUAGCGGACAAGAGCAAAGUGCUGUCCUUCUGUUCCAGUAUACCUCUUCUCAUGCUCCUGUUUGCCUUCCUAGUGGCGCUCUACCCAACACUGGCUGAGCUCACCGCCACCACAUCAUAAUACAUAACUACCACAUCCUAGCUACUUAGCUGUGAACAUCAUCUGGUGCUCUCUCCCACUCAGGCAGACACCCAACCACCAGCCCCACCGUCUACCAAGGUAGGGUGGGGACGCCACGCCACGCACAGGACCGUCAUGGUGGCAUGGGCUGGUGUGAGGAACAGCCUCACCUGAUGGAGGAGUGGGACUCCUCCGGGUCGGUUCUCCACAGCUGGGGAUGGAGGUGGUGGCGUGACGGCGUGACGGCAGCCUGCUGGGACAUGUAGGUCAGUGUCAUGCUCUAUCAGUACCGAAGCCAUUGUGAUACUUGUACAGAUCUGUAGCAUGGCUCUCUCUCCUCUGCAACCACCUUCAGGAGUACCGGUAAUCUACAUGGUUGUUUACUGUGUCCUGGAGACCUAUACAUCUGAACCAACGGAUGUAGAACACGGUCCUCUACGCAGAGGUCGUCUUCACCGAUACAGUUCAACACGAUUCAGAGAUGCACACUACCUGCUUUAGGCUUCGACACAUCAUAGUAAUCAAAACCUAAAACUGUUAGUUUGUUUGAGAGCUUAAAUUUUAUUGUGUAUGAUUAAGACUGACUUGUUCCAGAAAAAAACAUUUCAUCCAUCUGUUAUCUUGAUCUGCUCCAAGGUGAAGACACUGCACUGUCCUAUUCCGUCUAGAAAGUUUUUGGAUGGUACUCAGCAGUAUCCCAUCAUUUCCAUCCCUUCCCUACUUCAGCUUCCCCCACACUGGAGCAUCUGUGUACAUGCUUGUAACAAGGGCUGUCAUCACUCCUCAUUGUGUAUAUAUUGACACGUGCACAGAGUUUUGUGUUAUUGGUGUGAAAGUUGAUGAUAGGAUUUCUGUCACAAGAUCCACCUGUUGGUGUGUCUGGUACUGCUGAUUCCUGAUGCACAAAGGACAGUACAGUGUCUAGACAUCGUCUUGUCUGAUAGGUUCAAGUCGCUGCAGCAGUCCUUUUGGCCACAAGGGACCAACCGUUUGUGUCAUCUGGUAGACGAAACUGGGAAUUUUCCACUCUUCUUACAAUCAAAUGAUGAUCAAAUGGUCAGUGGAAGUAGAAAAUGGUGGCUGAGAACAUGUUUUCUCCUUUUGUUAUCAAUCUGCUUGUAUUAAAAGAAUGAUCAAACGGAUAAUUUGUCUGGAAUCAAAAUCCUUCCUACCACUACUAACAUAUAAAGGUUGGUUCUCGGUGGAUAGAAAUCUAUACAAAUCUGGGUCCAAAUCAACAGGCUCACCUUAAUUCAUGCUUCAUCCACACCUUCAGGGCCCACUAGCACAAAGCGAUCUUAGUGCUAAGAUGAUCUCACUCCCAUACUUUAACAUAGGCUUACAAUAGUCUUAGCACUGAGAUCGUUUUGUGCAAGUGGGUCCUGGUGUUGUUCAAGGUAUUUGCUUUAAACAGCAGGUAUAGACCUGGACCAGUUUUCAUUUCUAAGAAAUAUCCUAUGGAAGCUUGUUAACAUGAGAUGUUUUCAAUGAUGACACCAGCAGGACUGCUGGAUGAGACUUGAACUGGACAGACAGCAAGUAGUGCAGGACAUUAUCAGUGUGACCCCUGCAAGGCGAGCCAUGUCUAUCUCAGGAGUAUGCUGUGUACUUGAAGACCAAGGGAAGUCAUGUAGAUACUUCAUACUGUUGCUAGUUUAGUCCAGACAUUGAGUGCUUAUAAAUUGUUAUGCUUUGUUUUCUUUUGAAAGUGCUGCAUAAUUGUGUUUUACGACCUGCUUUUCAUGCAGAUUUUGAGGAUAAGAACUUUGAAAGGGAACUUUGAAAGAAAUUGAUCAUAUAUCUGAAUUUGGGGAAUUUAGGGAAAAUUGUUUCUUUAAAAGGUCUACUGCUUGUGCUCAGUAUUAACAGUUGGCUUAAAACAUAAUAAAAGAAAAGUGAUAGUCGCAUUGUUUUUAAACAUUUUGUUUAAAUAAAAUCCAAAAAAAUGAAACAAAUUUGGAAAUAAACAAAAUCUUGUGAAAAUCAGGUCCAUUAAAUUCAGAAAAGUUAGUAGUUGCAAUUACAGCAUACUUCUCAUAUACAAUAUACUUAUAUUUGAAUAUACAACAUACCAUGGGUGCCAGAACAUUGUGUACAGAAGUACAGUGUACAGUGUAAAUACGUGUACAUUUGUUUCUUACUUGAACGACUAUUUGUAUGACACGGAAAGAUAUUUAAGUGUAGGUGUAGCUCUGAUUGGAGAUGUAUAUUUAGACCUGAACGUGUACCAUUUGUAAAUAUGUAGACAAAGGUAGAAGGGCAUCAGUUAGAUGCAGUGGCUGCCGUAAUCAUUGACAAGGACCAUGGACAUUGUAGAAAUACAUUAUUUAAUUAGUUUCUUAAUUUAUGUUCUCAUGCUUUGUUUCUUGUACCAAGAUACCUUUGUUGCUGUACAAACAAGCAGAAGAAGUGGUUUACUUCAUUAAUCUGAAAGAAGCAUCUCGAACCCUUGAUUGAGAUUGGUUUUAUGUCAUUUAUUGAACUAUGAUUCAAUCCGUUUACAUCUUGGUUUGAAUUAAGCCUCUAUAUUCAUAUCUACAUAUCCAUGAAGCAUCUCCAACCUUAUUUUACUGACAAUGGUAAAUGAUGUCUCACUCGCUGUGAUUAUGGUUUUCAAUCAUCACUGUGAGGACUCUGUUUCAAGCUUGGGGAAUAUUCAAAAACGAAAAGCAGUCUUUUCUGUACAUUGACAAGGGUUUAGUUGUUGAAGUGACAUUUCUUGUCCACCAUGAUUUAGCAUUGAUUUUGAACCUCUAAUUUUACUAUGAAUGAAGUUCUAUUGUUUAGAGGGGCGGUCGGGUAGCCUAGUGGUUAAAGCGUUCGCUUGUCACGCCGAAGACCCGGGUUCGAUUCCCGACAUGGGUACAAUGUGUGAAGCCCAUUUCUGGUGUCCCCCGCCGUGAUAUUGCUGGAAUAUUGCUAAAAGCGGCGUAAAACCAUACUCACUCACUCACUCACUAUUGUUUAGAAUAUCUGGUUGCUGUUCACGUGAUCGUUUGGAAAAGUCUUGUCCUUGUUUUGUUGUUAGAAACAGAGUACUCACGGUACCAUUCAUUCUGUGCUUUUCCUUUAUAUGGAGGAAGUAAUACCAUUCUUUGUCUCUUCAUAACUAUUGCUGAUAUUUGUCUCUUCACAACAAUUGCCCACCAAUCCACACUUUUACAGGGAUUACCGACUAACAUAUACAUAUGCUGUAAGGGAAACAAGCCAUUCUGAUAAUGCUAUAAUAUUUGAAUUAGAUAUUUGAAGAAAAGUGGAUAUGAAGUUACUAAGGCAUUUGUCUUUGCUUGCAACUGAACAUAUCUCGUAUUAACCUACUUAAGCUGCUUUAUGUUUUAAGGAGGUUAACACCAAAAAGGCGCUGAGGCAUCUUCUGUUGGUAGAAUCCCAGAAUAUUGGUAAAGGUGAAAAAAAGGGGGAUGUUAAUUGUGUAAAUUCCGGUCAACGCUCCCUCCUCAUUGCGGUGUUAUCUGAUGCUGAUUUUCAACAGUUGAAUUCCUACUGAUCAUCCAUGCUUUGCUGAGUAAUUGUUUUGAAUGUUGUACUGUUUGUAUUGAAGAUGUAAAACAUAUUGGAAGAAAAACACCAAAUAUCCAUUAUGAACAUGAAAAAUGACAAAACAUAAAUGAUCUAUUUUCUGAACAAUACUUUAUUUGAAUUGAAGUUAUUUUUAAAAAAUAAAUAACCAAAAUGACUUUGUAAAAAACUAACAAACAGAAUAGAGAAAAUAACAAAAAUAAGAUAAACUGUACUCUGUGGACCAGUAGGCUUGACCUGAGUGUGCUUAAUUGACUGUUUGGAAAUGUCAGUGUGUAGUAUAGAACACACCAGGGCAAGAAUAGGACCCUGCCACACCCCCUCCUCCCUCCAUUUUUGUUCCUGUUGUGAUGUUGGAAUGGGGUUUUGAGUAUCCGAGUUUUGUAUGCUUGUAGUUACGUGGAGUGGGGGAGGAGGGGGCACCUAGUCACAGUGGUGGCAUGCAACUACAUUUACCUCAAGCCUCAUCAAUGCUUCUCUCAAAUGACUUGACCAGAUUAUCCUGAAAAUCCUGAAACUGCUGUGGGCUGCUCCUGUGUUUCUCAGUGCUAAAACUCCCUAAUUUUUGCAGUUGCACCAUACAAUCUGUAUUAUCACAUAUUUCUUUGAUAAGGUAAUUCUUUUCUUUCUUUUUUCUUGUUGUCAAUUACAAUCUUUUUGAUGUCAUUUAUUUGAAAGAAGCAUGUGGGGCUUUGUUGGUGUCAUCUUCAUUUGCAUGUUUACAUGUAAAUCUACGUAUAACUUCCUCACAUUGUACCAGUUACCAAUACACUGACCCUUUGACUCUGUGUAUUCUGUCUUCUCAAAGAAGAUGAGCGCAAGGAUGAGUUACCUUCCAGUGAUUCACGAGGUCACAGUGAUCAGUUUUCAGCUCUUGGCUGCCUUCAUGUGUACAUUGCCUCCAUGGUCAUGGUUCUUUUCUUUCUGCAACAACACGAACGUGUCAGAGACAAGUUUACCACAUCCGCCAUGAGAUUACAAAAAUCACUGCAGCGUUGAUAUUUUGUAUGGAUUGAGUUUCAUGUCUGUCCAAACCCUUCUGUUACAAUAUGAAGACUUGAACAUGAAGGGCAUAUUAAUGAUCAAAUACGGUCUUUGAAUAAAAAGUUGUUUAAAUACUUA